UAGUAUCAAUAUCAGUCUUCUACACUCGCCGCGUUCGACAAGUUCUAAGUGUUGGCACUUGGAACGGGGAAAACAUCUAAUUUCAUAAGUUGUAUUUUAUAGUUCAGUUUUAAUUUGUUCAGGGCAUUGGAAUGGUGUGUCUUACGGAAAACAGUGCAACCUAUAAUUCUAGUUUUAAUUAAAAAAUUAAAUUCAAAUCACAUCAAAUUUAUAUAUAAGUAAACAAGUGAGCGUGUCUAGAAAAUGGCAACGAAAGAUAUAUUAGAAACAAUAUCGGUUAAUAUUGAUAGAAAGUUACAAAAUAAAAUUUCGGAAAACUCGAAGGAUAAUGAAAAACGUUAUGAAUAUGAGGAGAUCUUAAAUUUAAUUGGAUUCGGUUCAACACAAUGGAUCGUUUUAUUCACAUGUGGGUUGCUUUUAAUGAUGGUCAUUAAUGAAACGAUGGGGAUGAGCAUACUCACAAUCGCUUCUCAGUGUGAUUUCGAAACGAAUUCCGUUCAAAAAGCCAUAUUAAGUGCGGCCUGCUUUAUCGGCAUAUUAUUGUCCUCAUAUUUUUGGGGUUAUUUGAGCGAUACAGUUGGGCGCCGUCUUAUACUUAUAUACGCCUCCUUAACUGGAAAUGUUUUCUCAAUUGUUUCAAUGUUUAUACCGAGCUUUUGGGCUUUUGUGGCAACAAGGUUUUUGGUUGGUAUUUUUAUUGCAGGUGCCUCAUCAACCACUUAUGCAUACCUGGGUGAGUUUUUCAUAGCACGUCAUAGGCCAGUGGUAAUUAAUUACGCCAGCAUGUUUGUAGGAAUUUCAAUGGCCUACGUCCCUGCUGUUGCAUGGUUAGUUCUAUCAAUGGACUGGACAUUACACAUAACUGAUGAUUUUGAUUUCCGACCUUGGCGUAUUUUAAUCCUAUUUAAUUUGUUGCCUGGCUUCAUAGCAUCUUUGGUUUUGACUCAAUUACCAGAAAGUCCAAAAAUGUUGCUUGCGUUAAGUAAAGAAGAAGAAGCUUUAAAUGCAAUCAAUUGGAUCUGCAGGCGUAACACUGGGCGUCCAUUAUCGGAUCUAAAAGUUUUUCAUUUAAAAACAGAAUCACAGCCGAUACAAGAAAAUGUACUGAUCAUAAGUAAAUCAGCUUUAACUGCAUUUAAAAAGAUGUGGAGGGAAACGAAGCCACUUUUUAAACGGCCACAUGUCCUAAAUUUUAUCAUCUCCUGUGUCGUCAUGUGUGGCGUUUUCUUAAGCUCUACUGGUAUGGGUCUGUGGUAUCCUGAGAUACAAAAUCGUGUGGGUGGAACAAAUGAAGAAUUAACUGUUUGUAAAGUCAUUGAUGCGUCAAUAGAAAAGAAAUCGAGAAUUGGCAACGAAACUUUAUGUGAUGAUACUAUCAACACAAAAAGUUAUAUAGAUUCUAUUACAUAUGGCUUAACGUACGUUGCUGGCUAUAUAAUACUGGGCAUCAUCAUAAACCCUAUUGGCAGAAAAGGUGUGAUGAUUGGUGCCUUAUGUUUAUCCGGUUUGUGUGGUAUUGCGUUAAAUUGGCUAGUUCAGCCCAUCAGCAUUGUUGUGGUCUUUUGUUUGUUUUUAAUGUUGCCUGGCUUAUGCAUUUCAGUAUUGAGUGGCGCUGUGGUGGAUUUGGUGCCCACACAUUUGAGGGGUAAAGCGGUUUGCAUUUGUUUAAUGUUGGGACGUUCCGGCAGCGUCAUUGGCAGCAACAUUAUCGGGGCCCUUCUCGAGUCAUAUUGUGACUUGACUUUUAGUUUAUUCACUGGCUGUGUACUAUUGUGUGCAGCACUAACGCUGGUUCUGCCCAUAUGAACAUCAUUAUUCGUUUUUUAAUAGCAAACUCUUUAAUUUAAGUAUUACAAUUAAAUUUUUUAUAAUGUUAACAAAU